GGGCGCAAAAAGUUGCCUACCAGAACCACCCAUCGCAUCGACUACGCGCGUACACACCUCGAAAAAGGAACAGCUGCAAAAACAAACAAACACUCUUCCUUCGUGCUCUUUGACCCAGUGCCGGCAUUGUCCCGAUGGCGAUGCCGUUGUUGAUGCUGCUGCUGCCGGAUCGGAGUGGGUGGUGUUACUGGUGGGUGGAUAAAUAUCCUGCUGUAAGCCAUGUGCCGUCGCUGAAGUGUUGCCAGACCUUCGCCCGUAUUCCGAAGUGCGCAGAAUCACCACCGGAUGCCGUUCGGCUUCGUCCCAUAUGAUAGAACGCUGGCUGUAAGAUGCGACAGUUUCUCUCGUGCGGUAGGUCCAGCAGUUCGGCGGGAGACUUUGAACGUUACAGGACCCACAAGGACGAUUGCGCUCCGUUGUUGCGUUGGUUGAGUUUCGGUCAGCUCACGCGUUGUGUUUUCUGAUGGUUGAUUUUUCCUCGCUUUUCAAUGCUGGUGUUCCGGAGCUCGCACGUGUAAAUAAAGAGAAGAACCUCGUUGUGCGGCGGUGUGGUUUGGUUCACCGGUGUGGGGCAGCGAUGGUGACAGAUGAAAAGCGGAUCUUGACAUGAAUGAUGAUGAUAUGAUUAUGGAAUUGUUGACAUAGAUUUUAUUCCGUUAGCCAGUGGGAGUGAGUGGUUUUGGGCGCCAGCCAGAAGUGGAAAAAUAGAGCCGUUGGUGGUGGUUCCUGUAAGAAGCGAAUUUCAACGGACGUGCGGAAAUGUGAUUCCACGCGAAGCGAGUUGGUGCUGGGUCCUUUUUAUGAAAAAUCGUUCCCAACUGGUGCUUACUGCCUAUUAUACCGUGGUGGGAGUGUUGUGGAAAUGUACCCCGUGUCACUUUGACAUAUGUGAAAUGUUCCGUGGGCACAUGUGGGCCAGCGAGAAAAAUCGUUGCGCUUCGCAGCCUACCGAAAUGGGUACUCAUUAAGGGGUUGCGUCGCAGUAGCAGCAGCAGAGGUACCUACCGUCAAACAAGACCGUGAUUAAUGUGUCGGAAAAAGGUUUCCGGAAGCAGUUGCGAGAGGAUUGAGCAAAAAUUGCUGCUUGAAAGAACGGAAGUGUGUAGUGCCAUUUGUUAGCACCACACUGCCAGCAGCGCGAAAAAGUAUAGUGCGAAGGAGGAGGAAAGCCGUAUCUGCAGGAUCGAGUGCUAUUUGGGCGGAAUACUAGUGCACCGGGAAAGUUCAUUGGUAAUUUCUGGAGCGGAAUAUAAAUGGCACACUGUACACACUGCUGCAGUUAGAAUAAUAUUGAUCCUUGCCAAUCACAGAAAAUGAAUCAAUCUCGCCCAUUCCGCAAACCUCCGGACGUGGAGGAAGCGCUAUCCUCCAUGCUGUGGACGCCGUACGACAAUAACGCCUCCGAUUCCGAUUCCUCGCUAGACGACAGUGGGGGUGGACCUUCGUCGUUGAUGGACCGCCUGGCACUGACCCCAGGGCGAUACAACGGCAGCAGCAGCAUCACAAACAACAAUCAUCUCCAAUCGUCGUCGAUAAAACGGAGCUUUUCCGAGUGGAACUAUCGCAGCUUCGAUGACGGCAUCAAAGCCGGAUCCCCCCACCCUACCAACGGUAGUAACCUGACCAGCAAUCGUUACAGCUAUCCACCCUACUAUGGCUUCCACCCGGCUGUGGCGACGGGUGCCAAUGCUUAUUGGAAUAGUAAUAAUAUUUACCCUAAUGGCUACCCAGCACCGAUCACUGCAACGACAGCGACGGCAACGACAACAACUAUUUACCCGCUAUUACCCUCCCAGCCGAUGCCCCCCUCCCUGCUCGAUUGGAAGCAAAUCCGCUCAACUGCAACCGGAAUCUAUCAACCACCGAGUGCGCCAUCACCGAUGGUGGUUCCUACGAUGACCGCCACCACCACCACCACUACCACCUCGUUAUUUCCGCUCAGCUUACUCAGCAUGGACUCCUUCCCCCUGACGGCCGGCAUUGGACCAACAACAGUUCCUUCUGCAGCUUAUGGCUUCUGCGAGGAUGAUCUGAUUAACUCCAACAUGACGAUUGGCGUCAACGACACCUUCGGUGAUUAUCAGGUUUAUCCCAUUACACCGGUCGUUUCUGCCACCGCCGUUGGUGCUAGUGGUGGUGCUUACCUGAGCCACCCGAACGGCACAAGACAGCAACCGUCGAGCUUGUCUUCGUCGUCAUCCUCUGCGGCAUCAGGUUACGGCCUGUCGAACGAUGGCAACAACAAUUGCACCGACUACCACAGUGACAAUAACAACAGUCUGUGCAGAAUUUCCGCAAUGUUUAAGCCAGUCAUGCGCAGCACCAGUACUACCCACAGCGGCAACGUCGGAGACCUACAUUUGUCAAAAGAUCAACGACGGCCGCAGCAUAGCAGCAACAUAGAGAAUGCAACUGGUUCAUGUUCCGCCAUCGCUGACUGCACGACGACGAAUGAAUCCUAUGUUGGAUGCAGGCCGGAUGAACGUCCGAAGUGGAAUACGCAAAGCAUAAGCCCGUUUAACGGCUACCACCACGAGCACAUGGUAGGUGGCUGUGAGGGUGAAGCAGCUGACGAUGAACGAUGCGAGGGAAGGGACCGCCAUGCGAACACGAUGGAGAGUCCACCGAAUGGAUUCGAUCGUGCUGCAUUUAGUAGUGUGCGGAUAGUGAACGGAGCAACAUACGCGUACGGUGAUCUUUUCGCGUCGGAACGUCGUUUGAUCGCUGCGACCGACCGACAGACGAUCGAGCGGGUUUCUAGUUCUAGUGAUAACAACGGUGUCCCCAUUAGCAACCCUCGAGGAUCUAGCAGGGCUUUGGAUAAUUUGCGUGGUUUUGGCCGCAGCGUACGGGAUCGGUUCGUCGAUAUCAUGCGGCUGAACGUGCCAGCGGCCCCCGAGGGCAGCCGGACCAGUGUUUAUAUUCCGUCCUCCGAAGGGAUGGCCUCUGUUACGGAUAGUGCAAUUACAGGCGAGGGUGGACCUCGACCUACCUUAACCAUUCAAGUGAAUUGUGUCGAUACCAAUAAUGAGGUUCAGAAUGAUGUUGUCAAUAAUGUGUCCUCUGGAGUGAGCAUCGUGAAUUGCUACAGAGAAACGCCCAGAAGUGCUGCCGAAUGUUCCAGUGAUAAAGAUAGUGGAGAAGCUGCCAUGGAAGGUCAAUUCUACCCCAGUGAUGUUAACAGUGCUAAUUUGAAUCCUACGGUUAUUGAUAAAAAUCAUGUAAAUAUCAGUGCAAAUGCAGAGCAAAUGGUUCAUGUUUCUAACACAGUAGUGCAAAGUGGUUCCAACGAUCCCUGUCUGAUCGAGAAUAGCUAUGCUAAGAAGAAUAGUGCUAUCAAUCAAACUACCCUGCAGCAAACGGAUAUAGACCGGAUCGAACCGGCCAACAAUCGUACCUACACUUCGACCGAGGCCCAAACCGACGAUCCUCCCAUUCAUAUCCCUCGCGAAGUGGUUCCCCCAUAUAUCCACCAAGCCCCCAUGAUGCCCCCUCCCCUUCUCCUGUCUCCCCCUCCCGGAUCGGAGUUUAGUACCCGUGAGCAUCGUCGUCGGGAGCGUCGUGAGCGGCGUCAGGCACGCAACCGGAUGCAGCAUGUGCACCCGAUGGACCAACCGCCGCCACCGCCACCGACCAUGCUGCGACCGCCGCCGAUCGAGAUUAUCCCGGAUAUACUGCACAGCCAUUUGCCGCCACCGUACACGACCCUGCCGAUGGGGGCCACGGUGCUGCCGGCACCGCCAGCGAUUUUGCCAGCCGUGGUCCACCCGGCAGCGGUGCACCAUCGUGCUGCGGGGGCGGCGGUCGGAGCCGAGGAUUGCCGAUACUCGUUCCCGAUCCCGAUUAUGAGAAGCUCACCAUCGGAACGUUCGCGAAAGGGCUGCUGCGGUCAUUGGUUCGCCGGGCCACCACUGCGGGCGCUCAUCGCGGUGGUGGCCCUGGGAGGUGUGGCGUGUGCUCUUGGGGGUGCUGCACUCGGCGCGACCGGACUCGCCGGCUCACCUACCUCACAUCUGACGGCGGCCUUACUUAUGAUUGGUGUUGGAGUGAUUCUGGUGACCGUCAGCGGCGCUGCCUGGCGAAUGACGGCACCCGGGGCACCGCCGUGUCUCGGGCUCGGUUCCACCGUGGAUCUUGGUCGAUGUUCGCGGCGGCCUUGCGGACGGAAUGGUAGCACACCCCACGGACUGCUGUAUCCGGAGUUCCAGCAUCGGCCGCCUCCGCCAUCCUACCAGGCCAGCAUGCAGGAGUACAGAUUAAGGCUUCUUCUACUGGAUCGAGAUCGUCAAUCUGGAAGAAUGCGCAGCACGGCAUCGCCUCCACCCACCUACCGGUCCAACGUGGGGAGUCUAUUGAGAAUCCCUCUCACCUCGCGGUACAACAGCAACAGUGGCAACGGUGCUACGAGCGGCGGUAGCAGUACCAGCAUAUUCGGCGGAAUCAGUGGCAUAAUCAGCGGCGCCAUGGGCAGCAGCACCAACAGCAUCAACGGUAUAGCAACGCAACCCCAUCCCGUAACUUCCACCACUGCUAUGGAUCGUUCGACGCCAACCACGUCGCUGCUAUCUGAUCCAGCUGGUGCACCACCGCCAACUUAUCGCACCAUUGACCGCAGGAAUUCAUCAACGUCGUCGAUACCCUCGUUGUCGGCGGCCGGGACAGCAGCAACGGCCGACCAUCAGGUGCAGCAGGUUCCGAAACCGGCGACAAUGCCAACUGGUGACAGCAUCGCAACCACCACCACCACCACCACCGUUGCCACCGUCGAGGGUGGUGUCAGUCUAAUAAAUGAUGAUAAUACCGUGCCAGCGAAGACCGGAACGGGAGCCGGAAGCGCGCCUUCGAUUAUUAAAAUAGACGACGGUAAAUCAACAGCUGCAGCCGCCGGAUCAACAGCGACGUCCGACCCGGCACCGCAUAAACAACAACGAAAUUCAAUUACAAGCGAAAUAAUUGAAAACGAUAGUAAGAGACCACCGGGCGAAAACGUGGCCAGCAAGGACUUAGUUACGAUUGUUACCAUUUCCGGUACGCUCGAGCAUCAGCAGCAACCCCAGCGCCAGCAAAAGCAACCGAAUUUGAAUAAAUCCGGCGGUAGCGAUGCGGUGGCCGCCGUCAGUAGAACCAGCGGAAAAAGUAAAACCAGCAGCAAACACGAUGCCGCCACUACUGGUGCAGCGGCCCCGGGGAAGUUAUAGUCGUGGCGGGGUCACUGCCGCGGUGAGAUGAAACUUUGACCGUACCCCGCUGGAACAGCAGACCGCCAGCCCGCCCGCCCGCACUUGCCUUCGGUUGCUUUUGCGGAACGAACGUACACACGAACGGAAACGUCUCUAUCGAUAGAAAACGACAAUUUUGUUACAAAAAAGAAAAACCUACGCCAUGGAAGUCUAGUUUUGCUACGAAUAUAUAUGUAUUUUUUCUGUUUUCGAAAAAAAUGCUUUUGGGUUGGGAGUUGGAUGUGGCUAUGUGGUUUCGGCAGGUUGUUUUGAAUGAAUGCUGGGAUGCAGAGGUUAAGCCGUGGGGAUGUAUGGGGAAUAUUCAUGUUGAAUGUACCUAUCUAUUGAACCUAACUAAUCUAAUCUGAAAAGGAUAGACAUCUAUGAAGUGGGUCACUAUCGCAGUAUGGCGGCCCAUUUAUAGCACCCGAAUAAAUUGAAAACGCUAUAGAGAAAAACCUAAACAUUCUCUAUAAAAAAAAUAUAAACAUGUUUCAUUGAAGGAAAAAAAAGUUCAUUUUCUGGUUAUCUAGGUAUGAUGCGCUCAUGAUUUUGUAUGGAUAAUUUUCAAUUUGCUAAACAGCAGCCACCAUCUUGAUUUGUUGAAUUGGAUGCAAGCUGGCUGAGAAAUUACGGCGGGUGGCAACUUUCCAUACGAAUCCCGACUGUAUUUUAAAUCAUCAAAUCAUCUUCUUUAUUUCCAAAUCUUACAAUGGAGACGCAUGGUCGUUUAUCUUUAUUCUUAGAAGGUAUGUUUGAACGAAGCGGUGCGUUUGUAAAAAGUUCGUAAGAUGAUAUGAAAAUACAGUUUUAAACGCGAAUAUUCGAUUUAAAAUAAUCAUCCUAAUUUUUCGGUCUUAUAUCAUAGUUCGUAUCAAGUUCAUAACAAAUACUGCACGUCAUCAUUGUUUUCCAAUGCUUUCUUAUUGACUGUUGCUUUCCCUUGUCUAACUAACCUACAUCAAUACAGUCGGGAAUAACUCGGUGUGAUUAACGUAACGUCCAACGAUAUUUCUCAGUUAUCUUUCAAUCAAUAGAUCGACUUUUCAACAACAGAUGGCUUUUAUUAGCAAAAACAUGCAUUCCGGAUCAUGAAGUGUACACAAAAGGCUUCUUAUCCGAACCGUUCUCGAUUUAAAUUCACUAACUUUGCACAAAUUGUCAAUUUCUCAACAAUUAAAGUUGUUUGCCAUUUCCGUACGAUUUAACAGUUUUCGAUUUCCUUUUUUUCCGUGAGGUGAAAUGUGUGAAAGCUGACAACACAACGGAGGCUAUCACAGACAAUGCAAUACAAACGAUGGUUUGGCUUUUCAGCUGUCAGUUUCGGAUACUGAAUUCUAUAAAGGUCCACACUACUCACUGCUGGUGCCAACUGAAGCAUCACAGCGCAACAUUUUUUUUUUGUCUCAAGAGCAAACUUAUGUGUCUCCGAAGGAUUUCGGGCCGCUGAAUCCGAAUCCGGGCUCAGAUUUGCUUCAACACGUCACAAUUUUGAGCUAUACCUCAAUUUAUAGGGCAAAAUAUGCGAUUUUGGGCUUUUUUGACUGCAAGCCAUUAAGCUUGGAAAUAUAUUUUUUAAGCAAUUAAAAGGUUAAUUGGGCAAUUAACAUCUAAAUUAACGACUCAUGCAAAAUAUUUAGUUUUACUCAAUCAAAUUUGAUAGAUUUAAGCAUUUUAUGUUAGUAUGAAAACUUGCAUGCAACUUUUGGAGGAUGAAUUGUAUGGGAAAUAUCGUACCUAACAUAAAUCGCUCAAAACUAUCAAAUUCGAUUUUGUAAAACAAAAUAUUUUGCAUGAGUCGUUAAUUUAGAUGUUAAUUGCCCAAUUAACCUUUUGAUUGCUUAAAAAAAUAUUACCUUGCUUAAUGGCGUGCAGUCAAAAAAGCCCAAAAUCGCAUAUUUUGCCCUAUAAAUUGAGGUAUAGCUCAAAAUUGUGACGUGUUAGAGCAAAUCUGAGCCCGGAUUCGGAUUCAGCGGCCCAAAAUCCUUCGGAGACACAUGAGUUUGCUCUUGAGACAGACAAAAAGUAAUUUUUUGUUUCGCUGUGUAUAUGACGAAGCCACACCUGAAAUUUUCAAGAGCACAAAUCUGAAG